UGCAUCCCACAGGUGGCGUUGGGGGCUACUGUGGAGGGGUUAAGAGUAGGGGCCCUGGGGCCAGACCGCCGGGUUCAGAUUCUGGUUCUGCCACUGCCAGCUCCGUGACCAUGGGCAAACCACUUGACCUCCGUGCCUCAGUUUCCCCACCAGGAGAGUGCCUGUGUCCCACAGCUGCUGUGAGAGCCAGGUGAGGUACAGAAUCUAUAAAGCGCUUUACCACAUCUGCCUGCGUUUGCUGCAGUCAUUGUUAUUGAAGAGUCUGCAACUCCGUGGCCCUGGUUUGGGCGAGGAGUGCAGCUGUGCACACUGGGUGGCACGUUUGAAAACCAGGGAUUUCCAUGUUGAAACCACGAGUUCCGGCUUCUGUGGGGACACCCGGAGACUCCAGGCACCAUCCCCACACCGCAGACACCGGCUGGAGCGGAGUCUCAGGCGCCCAUUCUAAGCGGACCUGCGGUGCACCCCGUCCCGGGAGUCCCUCGUUCGCUGCCACGAUCUCAGUGCCCCUUAUGGGCAUUUGAGUCGGUGGUGUCCGUACUACUGAUUGCGGACGUUGGAAAGACCAGGGCUUCUCAGCCCGGGAGCUCACGGCCAAAUGGAGUGGACAAGGUCUGCAGACAACCCAGGCUGGGGAGCGGCGCGCAGUAGGGUCGCCUCCGCUGGGACGUGAGGGAGACGGGGUGCUGCGGGCGCGCUGGAAGGACAGUCUUGGAGGAGGGCACAGCUGCAGCAAAGGGCCUGCGAGCUCGGGGUCUGGAGCCAGGCACGACUCUGGGCCGGGAGCCGCGGACGCCAGCACGACCUCCACCUGCGUAGAGGUGGAACCUGGAUCUCCAGAGCGCGCCUCCUAAACGGAAGUGGGUGCGCCUGGCUCCGUUUCCCGAGCCGCCCCAGAGACGGAACGUGGGACGUCAGAACCAAAGGCAGCAGCGCUCCGCUUCGCAGCCGGAGGGCCUUCCGGAGCACCGCCCCGGGCCGGAAGUCGCCUUGCAGCCGCUUCCUCACGCGAAGGCGUGUCCGCGGCGCUAUGGCUCACUCUGGCUCUCGCAAGCGCUCGAGGAGCCGCAGCCGGUCCCGGGGGCGAGGGUCCGAAAAGAGAAGGAAAAAGAGCAGUAAGGACGCCCGGAAGAGCUGUUCGGCUUCUAGAUCGCAAGGCCGCAAGGCCAGCACCACCUCCUCUGGGGCAGAGGCCUUGCCUUCUCCCUGCGUCACAGAGAGAAGCAAACACAAGGCGCGGAGGCGGGCACGGUCCAGCUCCUCCUCCUCUUCCUCCAGCUCUUCCAGCUCCUCUUCCUCCUCGUCCUCCUCCUCUUCCUCCAGCGAUGGGCGGAGGAAGGGGAAGCACAAGGACAAGAAGAGGAAGAAGAAGAAAAGGAAGAAGAAGCUGAAGAAGAAAGGCAAGGAGAAAGCAAAGGUGCAGCAGCCCGAGGCUCUGCCAGGCCCCUCGCUGGACCAGUGGCACCGAUCCGCCGGGGAGGAGGAGGACGGCCCAGUGCUGACGGACGAGCAGAAAUCGCGCAUCCAGGCCAUGAAGCCCAUGACCAAGGAGGAGUGGGAUGCACGGCAGAGCGUCAUCCGCAAGGUGGUGGACCCCGAGACUGGGCGCACCAGGCUCAUCAAGGGAGACGGUGAGGUCUUGGAAGAAAUUGUAACUAAGGAGCGACACAGGGAGAUCAACAAGCAAGCCACCCGAGGGGACGGCCUGGCCUUCCAGAUGCGCGCGGGGCUGCUGCCCUGAGGCCCCACCGAGGUCUGCGGGCACUGGUGGUGGCCCAGCAGGGAGGCGGCAGGAGGCCAGAUGGGUGCGGCUGUCUCCGGCGGACCGGCCUCUGGCUGCCUUCUCUCAGGUGCGGGGGGACCAGGGCGGCUGUCCUAGUCAGCCUUCUGGAUGCGCACAGCUUCCCAGACAUUAAACGUUCCCUGUUCGGAGA